ACUCGAAAUGUUGGGAAUAGUGAGCAGUGUCCUCAGAAUAAUCGCAGAUUUGCAGUUCGAUCAAUCAUCAAUUCGUAGAAACCUCAUUUUGAAAAACAUAGAUGGUUCUAUGCGAGAAACUCUUAAUUCCACUCAAGUAGGUGAAUGGUUAUUUGGAGAAAAUUUAGAAGAACAAGUAAAGGCGACAAAAGUGUUAGCUACAUCAAGCGGAGCUUUAAAGAUGAAAAAACCGAACAAUUCGCCAAAAAACUUGAGAGGCCCGGCACGUCGUCAACCGCCGAGACGUCAAUUUCCACAAACCGGGCAGAAGUUCUCAUCGCGCGGCCAGAAAACGAGUUACAACGAUCCAAUGAAGAAGAAAAAGUUCAACAAGGAACGCAAUUAAAUCAGGGAGCCCCAUCCAAUGUGGAAAACGCUUACCCUGGUUGCGAACGUGUUAUCAAACAGGCAUUCCAAAUGAAACAAGUAUCAGCGGAAACAGCGGAUGUUAUGUUUUCAUCAUUAACAAAUUCAACUAAGAAACAGUACGAUUGCGGGUUGAAAAAAUGGUGGGAGUUUUGCAGUCUUGAAAACAUUGAUCCUUUCCGAGGCUCAAUUCAAAACAUUUUAAGUUUUCUUACUAAUGAAUAUAAAAAUGGAAUGUCCUAUGGUUCUUUAAACUCCUUUAGAUCCGCAAUCGCAUUAAUAUACGGCACAAAUUUAGCCGAAGAUGACAGGGUAAAAAGAUUUUUCAAGGGUGCAUCCAAAUUGCGACCAUCUAAACCGAAAUAUAAUACGACAUGGGAUCCGAAGAUUGUACUAGAUUUUAUUUCGAAGUGGGGACCAAAUAGCGAUCUAAAUCUAGGUAAACUUUCUUCGAAAAUAGCAAUAUUGUUAGCCCUAGUGACGGGACAUCGGCUUCAAACCUUAAUAUCAAUAGAUAUUAGAAAUAUUAAGGAAUCAGAUAAUGGAAUUGAAAUUAAGAUCCCGGAUCAAAUCAAGACUUCAAAAAUAAAUAGGCCUCAACCUACCUUGUUCCUUCCUUACUAUACUGAGAACAGUCUAAUAUGCCCGGUUUUGUCCCUUAAAGAAUAUUUAGAAAGAACUAGUUCACUAAGGGGCGAGAAUAAACAGUUUUUACUAUCGUUCAAGAAACCUUACAAUCCGAUCACUACACAAACAUUGAGUCGCUGGGUAAAAGACGUAAUGACGAAAAGCGGAAUUAACACUGAAGUUUUUAGUGCUUAUAGCACUCGUCAUGCUGCUACUUCAGCGGCUCAUAGGGGUGGUAUUAAUAUAGAUACCAUCUUGAAAACAGCAGGUUGGACCGAAAAAUCCAACACAUUUGCGAAGUUUUAUAAAAGAGAUGUAGUUGACGAUCGGAACUUGUUUGCGCUAUCUGUGUUAGAAUAAGAAAAAUUUUUUGUUACCUUUUUCUGUAUUAUAAUUUCAUAAUUAUUUGAAUUAUUACUAUUAACAAAGAUCUGUAUUACACAAUGUUAUAAAAAUCAUAAUAAAGAUUAAUUACUCACUUUGCAAGAAAAAAAUUGCCGUAAUGAUCUUUAAACAUCUACAAUAUAUAAUCUCUUCAGAAGAGGCGCGAAAUACAAUUAAAUGAUUAAACGAACUUACCUGUAAGUGAAGUUCUAUCAUAAUUGUAUGAAGCGCCUCUUCUGAAGAGAUGUUUCCCACCCGUAAAUUUAAGUUAAAAAUAAAUAAAUUAUCCCGUUAUUCUAAAAAUAGAAUCCCAUAUAUUACGGCAAUACUUUAAAGGAAUGAGCUAGAUUCGAGGAGAGGGAGAGUCGAUAAAGUAGGAUUCCAGAUAAUAGUUCAAUUUUUCUAUUAUCUUUGAAAAGUGUGGCGUUAGUGAGACACCUGGGGGGUACUACAAUAUAUAAUCUCUUCAGAAGAGGCGCUUCAUACAAUUAUGAUAGAACUUCAC